AUGUCUGCUCCAGCUCAAAACUAUAAGAUUGCUGAUAUCUCCUUAGCUGCCUUCGGUAGAAAGGAAAUCGAAUUAGCCGAACAUGAAAUGCCAGGUCUAAUGGCCAUCAGAAAGGCUUACGGUGCCGUUCAACCUUUAAAGGGUGCUAGAAUUGCUGGUUGUCUACAUAUGACCAUUCAAACCGCUGUUUUGAUUGAAACUUUGGUUGCUCUAGGUGCUGAAGUCACCUGGUCCUCCUGUAACAUUUACUCCACUCAAGACCACGCCGCUGCUGCCAUUGCUGCCUCCGGUGUCCCAGUCUUUGCUUGGAAGGGUGAAACCGAAGAAGAAUACGAAUGGUGUAUUGAACAACAAUUAUACGCUUUCAAGGACGGUCAAAAAUUGAACUUGAUUCUAGAUGAUGGUGGUGAUUUGACCUCUAUUGUCACCAACAAGCACCCAGAAAUGCUUGAAGGUUGUUACGGUUUAUCUGAAGAAACUACCACUGGUGUUCACAACUUAUACAAGAUGGUUAAGGAAGGUACUUUGAAGGUUCCAGCUAUCAACGUUAAUGACUCUGUCACUAAGUCCAAGUUCGAUAACUUGUACGGUUGUAGAGAAUCUUUGAUCGAUGGUAUUAAGAGAGCCACCGAUGUUAUGUUGGCCGGUAAAGUUGCUGUUGUCGCUGGUUACGGUGAUGUCGGUAAGGGUUGUGCCGCCGCUUUAAGAGGUAUGGGGGCUCGUGUCUUGAUCACUGAAAUCGAUCCAAUUAAUGCUUUACAAGCUGCUAUGGAAGGUUACCAAGUUGUCACCAUGGAUGAAGCUUCUUCUCAAGGUCAAGUCUUUGUCACUACCACUGGUUGUAGAGAUAUUAUCAACGCUGAACAUUUCCUACAAAUGCCAGAAGAUGCCAUCGUUUGUAACAUUGGUCAUUUCGAUAUUGAAAUCGAUGUUGCUUGGUUAAACGCCAACGCUAAGGAAUGUAUCAACAUCAAACCUCAAGUUGACCGUUACUUACUAUCCUCCGGUAGACACAUUAUCUUAUUGGCUGCUGGUAGAUUAGUCAACUUAGGUUGUGCUACUGGUCACUCCUCCUUCGUUAUGUCUUGUUCUUUCUCUAACCAAGUUCUAGCUCAAAUUGCUUUAUUCAGAGCUGAUGACGCUGAAUUCAGAAACAAACAUAUCGAAUUCCAAAAGACUGGUCCUUUCUCUAUUGGUGUCCAUGUCCUACCAAAGAUUCUAGAUGAAUCUGUCGCUAGAUUCCAUUUAGGUAACCUAGGUGUCCAUUUGACUGAAUUAUCUACUGCUCAAUCUGACUACUUAGCCCUAUCUAAGGAAGGUCCAUACAAGGCUGACCAUUACAGAUACUAA